AAACCGAAAAACUAAAUUAUGUGAACCUAAAAUCCGAAACCCGAACCGAAAUACUAAAAUUAUAAAAAAAAAAAAUCAAACCCAAAUCAAAAAAUUAAAAAACCGAACCCGAAAAACCAAAAUGAUUCGAUUCGGUUCGGUAUUUCAAUUUUUCGAUACUUAUACCCACCCCUAUUUAUACUACUCCUCUUAAAUUAAAAGCAGAUAAACAAAUUACUGAAACAAAUCUACUGGCUCGUCAAAAAUUGUCGUCUCAACCUUCUUCAUAUAAAAUAAUGUUGACUCAUCAACAAACAUUUUCUAAAAUCAGUCCACUACCUCUCCCCCACACCAAGCUUUCCACCGCUUCCCCUAAAGCAAAAUUAUUAUUCACUGUACCAGUAGAGGAAAGGAAAAAACAGAAGUAGAAUGACAGACACGAAGGUAGAGACUCUAUCAAGAUUAGCUCAAUGGAGGAUCGAGAAUUUCGGAGCAUCCACUUACAAAAGAUCUGACCCUUUUAAAAUUGGUAUCUGGAACUGGCACUUGUCAAUCGAGAAGAAUCGGUAUUUGUAUAUUCGUUUGUUUCCUGAACCCUCUCGUCUUUCCAAAGAACAGCUUCCUCCUCCCUUUGCUCGCUUUAUGCUACGUGUCACCACCACUGGAACGAAUCGCAGGCCUUAUAUAUCUCCUGUGUAUGAGAGGCUGCUUCGAACAAGCGAUGACUUUGUGUGGCCUAUUGAUUCUUGUUUACAAGGUCGAUUCAUCAUUGAUGUUGAGUUCCUCGACCUAAAGAUCUACACACCAAAUGGUGGAGAAGGAAAAUCUAUAUGGCCCAAUGACAUGAUUUUGCAAUCUUUAGCUACCCAAAGUACUCUCCGAUGCCUAUCUCGCAUGCUUGAUGAGUCCAUCCAUGCUGAUGUUACAGUUAAUACGGCUGAUGGAUCAGUGAAAGCUCACAGAGCGAUACUGUCUGCUAGUUCCCCUGUCUUCCACAGCAUGUUCCUUCACGAUCUCAGGGAGAAAGAGUCCUCUAUGAUCGACAUAGAAGACAUGUCAACAGAAUCAUGCACAGCCCUUCUCAGUUACUUAUAUGGGACGAUAAAACAAGAGGAUUUCUGGAAGCACCGGUUGGCACUGCUGGGUGCAGCAAACAAGUAUGUCAUUGUAGAUUUGAAGAAUGCUUGUGAGGAAAGUCUCCUAGAAGACAUCAACUCAGGGAAUGUCCUCGAAAGAUUGCAAGAGGCCUGGCUUUACCAACUAAAUAAACUGAAAAGAGGUUGUUUGAUGUAUUUGUUUGAUUUUGGCAAGAUUUAUGAUGUUAGGGAUGAUAUUAACAACUUCUUCAGACAGGCAGAUAGAGAUUUGAUGCUAGAGAUGUUUCAAGAAGUGCUCACGGUUUGGAAGCCUACGUAACCUGAUGAGGUUUUCACCGUAGUUGUAUAUGGAAUAACUCUAAGCUAUUAUUAAGCUGUAGCUACACUUUCUAAGAAAGCCGUGCUGUAUGUAUCCCUAUGCCAAUUCUGUGUAAAAUUCUGUCGUACUAUUAAGUGUGCACUCUGGUAAAGUUAUAUAAAAUGUUUUGGUUUUCUGUUUGAAAGCA